AUGAGAACCCUGAGCAAAAUAUGUCGCAGAUGCUGCGCCCCAGCGCCCGGCGGCGCCCCGUCGGGCCGGAGGCGGCCGGCGCCCCCGCCGCGGGCGGGCGGCCUGGAGGGCCACAGCUCGGGCAAGGAGGGGGAGCGUCGAGCGGGAGGUCCCCGGGCCAGACUGGACUCCCUGGUGGCGCUGGUGGUGGUGGUGGCGUGGUGGCUUUGUGGCGGUGGGUGUUGGCUUGUGCUGGUGGGCUGCGGCAGGGAAGCGGGCCCUCUCUCCGCUCCCGGGAGGCGCGUGCUCCUCUCGCCGCCGGCGCGCCUCUCGCCCGCCCCCGUCGGCCGGCCAGGCAGCGCGCCGGCCGCCGUGCCGUCCACCGCAACGCAACGGGCGGCCCGCCCGAGCUGCCGAGCGAGCCUCACUGCGAAAGGAGGGUGA